AUGAAGCUACUAAUAAUUCUCGUAGCUUUAACAGCAUUCGUUUCAGCUGCAACUGUGCCAGAAUAUGACAACUUUAGUCCUGUGUACGGGUACAUGACUAGAUUUGGCAUUCCAGAAGCUAAAAGAAUCCAGGAGGCCGAAGAAGCUUACCUCAAGCGGCGGUCAUCUAGGAUACUGGGUGGUCAUCCCGCUGAACCUGCCCAAAUCCCUUAUCAGGCUGGUAUUAUCUCGGACAUCGCCGGGACCACUAACAGAGGAGUAUGCGGCGGAAGUCUUAUUAGUAACAGACUGGUACUGACAGCCUGUCACUGUUGGUUUGACGGUCGCAACAUUGCAUGGAGGUUGACUGUCGUCCUCGGCUCCCAUUUGCUCUUCCACGGGGGUACAAGAAUAAAAACCAGUGCAGUAAUCAUGCAUCCCGAUUUUUCUUGGUUAACCGCCCGUAAUGACGUUGCCCUUGUUUUCUUCCUCGAACCUGUACAGUUUUCACCUAGCAUUUCUUCUAUUGCACUGCCUUCUGGAAAUUUAUUACAUGAGCAUUUUGCUGGUACUCAGGCUACAACAUCUGGAUUUGGAUUAACUGACAAUGAGAAUACUAUUUCUCAAAACCAGUUUUUGAGCUAUGUGAGUGUCAAUGUGAUCACUAACAGCGUUUGCAACGCCGGCUACCCGACUGUUAUACAGAGUUCGCACAUUUGCACCAGCACGCUGAGAGGUGCCGGUCCGAGCCAGGGCGACUCUGGUGGCCCACUCGUUAGCGGAGUUGGUGGAAGAUUGACUCUUAUUGGUGUUGUAUCGUUUGGAUCUGCAUUGCCGUUGUCCUUACCUUCAGUGUACUCCAGAGUGACAUCGUUCAUGGAUUUCAUUAAACCGCAUCUUUAAACAUUGAUUUUAUAUCUAUCUGCCUGACAACACGUCUGAAAAAUUAUGUCUACGGAGAAAGAAAAACGUCAAAAUAAACUUUAAUAAAUAACAA